UAAAAUUGAGAUGAAAAAAAAAAGAUCUAUUUAGGGCUAAAAUCUGGUGAGGAAGAUGCUGUAAAGUACGUGGAAUAGGCGCGUGGCUCCCAACUGUCGGUGACAUUUGCCUGAAAUUUGAAAUGCUUGGUUUCAUCAUUCCUGGCUUCUUUACGUAAAUAUAUUAUACUUAAUACAUCUCUGCGAUUGACCAUGACCUUUGGCUCUGCUCCUUCUUCCUUCACCCCAUUUGCUUAUUUGCUUUGUUCUGUUUCUUCGCCGGGAAAUCAAAACUUCCUCCACUUCUUUACUUGUGUAGGAAAUCAAUUUGAUUGAUCCCAUGAUGGGAUUUUUUGGGAUUUUUAUUUUGGUAGAUGCUCUCUGAUAAGUUCUACUAGAAGUUGAAGAGAGAGAGAGAGAGAUGGAUAUAACAGAGAUAUCCAUAAUGCAUCAUGUGGGCAUUGUACUGUUUUUGCUUUGGUUGCUUUCUUUUUUCAAUCAAUGCCACCCAGUUGCCUAUCUCAUUUCUUUGAUAUAUCUCUAUGCGGUUCAUGACAGGUAUAUUAUGCGAUUGAGGAGGAAAUUGCAAUUCCACGAAAGAAAGAGAGCGAAUCAGAAGAGAGUGCUUGCUGAUUCUGAAACUGUUCGCUGGUUGAACCAUGCUGUGGAAAAGAUGUGGCCCAUUUGUAUGGAGCAGAUUGCAUCGCAGAAGAUUCUACUCCCCAUUAUACCUUGGUUCUUGGACAAGUAUAAACCAUGGACCGCUAAAAAGGCUGUGGUUCAACACCUAUAUUUGGGAAGAAAUCCACCAAUGUUCACAGAAAUGAGGGUUCUUCGCCAAUGUUCCAGUGAUGACCACUUGGCAUUGGAAUUGGGAAUGAGCUUUUUGACGGCAGAUGAUAUGAGCGCAGUACUUGCUGUCAAAUUAAGGAGAAGACUGGGAUUUGGAAUGUGGGCUAAGUUGCAUAUGAAAGCUAUGCAUGUUGAAGGGAAGGUCUUGAUUGGAGUGAAGUUCCUUCCCUGCUGGCCUUUCCUUGGCCGUUUGAGGGUAUGCUUUGCUGAGCCUCCUUAUUUCCAAAUGACCAUCAAACCUAUCUUCACUCGCGGCCCUGGUGUUACUGAACUUCCAGGGAUUGCUGGAUGGCUAGACAAGCUUCUGUUGGUUGCAUUUGAGCAGACACUUGUUCAGCCCAACAUGUUAGUUGUGGAUGUGGAGAAAUUUGCUUCAGCAGAGCCAGAUAAUUGGUUCUCUGUAGACGAGAAGGAACCCAUUGCUUAUGCCAAAGUUGAAGUUGUGGAAGCAUCCGACAUGAAACCGUCUAACUUAAAUGGAUUGGCUGAUCCGUACAUUAAAGGACAACUUGGCCCUUACAAAUUCAGGACGAAGACACAAAGGAAAACUUUGGCCCCAAAAUGGCACGAGGAAUUCAAGAUCCCCAUUUGCAGAUGGGAUUUGCCUAAUGUGCUGGCUAUUGAGGUUUUUGAUGAGGACCAUUUUGUUGAUGAUUCCCUUGGGGAUUGUACCAUUAACAUCAAUGAUCAUAGAGGUGGCGAGAGACAUGACAUGUGGUUGCCACUCCAGAAAAUUAAAAUGGGGAGGCUGCAUCUUGCAAUAACUGUUCUUGAAGAAAAUGCUAAGGGGAGUGAUGAUUUUUUUGAUGGAGAAACAUUGAGCAAGGCAGAAAUAAGAGAUUCCUUUGUAAGUGAGGCUGCAAAUAGAGCUUCCUUUUCAUCAUCCACAACAUCAGACAAGUCUGCUGGAGUGCCAGAUAAUUUUGAGCCUGUAAACAUUGAAGGGCAACAAAAAACUGGGAUAUGGGUAUAUCAAUCUGGAAGUGAAGUAUCACAAACUUGGGAGACUAGAAGAGGGAAGAUUAAGCGCCAUGAUAAUGAAGUUGGUGAAGAUCCUCGUGAUUCAUUUGGUGGAAUUUAUUCAGCAACUUCUGGGCUCCUUAAUAAUGAGAGUAGCAAUAUUGAUGAAAAUGCGGAGGGUAAAAGUUCAAUGAACAAAGUCCGGAAGGGUUUACGUAAGAUUAGCUUAGUACUUCAUAGAAGUCCUAAAAAUGAGGAAAAUUUGGGCAGCAAUGAGGAGACUGUUCAAUCUCCUUAUGCUAACAUUAAAGCUGUUAAUCAGAAGGAGAUUGGUUUGAAUUUCAUAGUGGAAAACAGCCUUCCUAAGCCUACAGUUCCAAAAGAAGUUAAUUUGAUUUUGAGUCCUGAGGGACCAGAAAGUCCAGGGAAGGGAAAUGUCAAAGACAAGGCAAAGAGUAUUUUAAAACGUGCUGAAAAGUCUGCUCGCGGCAUAAAGCAUGUGCUUUCCCGAAAAGGGUCAAGAAAGUCUCGAAGUGGCUUAUCUGAUGUAAAAGAACUAGAAAUAUAUCCAGAGUCCAAUUUGUCUAAUGAUGAAUCUCUUACGUCUCCUCAAGUUCAAAGAAUCCCAGUUGUUUCUAGUUCCGCAUCUUCCUGUUAUGGUAAUGAUGAUCCCAAUAAAAAGCAGGAGAAUGUUGUGCAGGCUGGUUCAAGUAAGUUUGCAAUGGAAGCAGAGGGCAAAAUGAAGAAGGUAAAUGUCUAUGUUCUGGAGAGUAUAGAUGAGAACGAGGUGACCAUCUCUAGUGGUGGUAAUGAGGAGUUGUCAAAACAUCAGCAAUCUGAAAAGAAAUUGGAUGGUGAUGAAGCGGAGGAGUUCUCAAGCUAUCAGCUCUGUGGGAAGAAAUUGGAUGGUAAUAGACCAGAGUUCUCAAACCCUCAGCUCUCUGAAGAGAAAUUGGAAGGAGAGAUUAAGUAAAAGCUGUUCUGUUUGGCAGAAUGUGAAUUAGUAGUAAGGAUAGAAAUGAGGUUGCCUCCAUCCAGUACGGUCGCUAUCCAUUGUACAUUAUUCUCCUACACAAAGUUUGGAUAGUUUUAUCAUAGCUAAACAUGGUAUGCAUACAAUUACCAUUCAAAAUUUUAUUUUCCUUAUUACUUGUGUAAUAUCUUUCAUGUAUGUGAAGAGGUUUAUACCCCAUAGAAACCAUAUCUUUUUGUAAAUUAACCAAACAUAUUUGGUUGUAUUAAAUAUAAAAAUUUUGGGAGUUUGUGUUAUAAA